AUGGCAAAUAAUUCAACGCAUUUCUUCGCAGUACCAACCGAUGUUCUAAUGUUUUCAGUUGUUUUUAAAUUUGUCGCAAUGAUUAUUGGAAUUUUGGGAAAUAUGACAGUUAUAAUUUAUGCAAUUUUGACGAACAAGGAAAAGACAGCGACAUCUUAUUUGGUAGGAAACUUGGCAUUGGCAGAUCUUCUCGUUUGUGUAACCUUUUAUCCAAUAUGGAUCAUUGAGUUUACACUGACUAUAUUAAACAUUGAUAGUGAUCAGGAUCUGUUUUGUAAGUUAAGUCGUUCUACCAUCUGGUCAUUGCUGUUCGCUUCAGUGGCUACACUUCUCGCCAUUACUGUUGAUCGUUAUUUCUAUAUUGUAAAACCUCUCAAGUAUUCGCUGAUUGUGACCAAACGAAGAGCUUUUUUAGCUAUUUCAGGAAUUUGGCUGACUACGUGUUGCCUUUUCGUUCUUUCACUUGUUCAUUGGAGAAUGUCUGAUUUCAGAUUAAGAAGUUUUUGUGACAUUAAUGAUUAUAUACAUCAUUCUAUAGAAAUUUUGGUUGGUUACUUACCGCUUACUUUAAUAUUAAUUCUUAAUAUCCGAAUUUUAAUUAUUGCUGAGAAACAACGAAAACGUAUCUUGGUUGAAACAGCGGUACCCGCCAUUGCAACUUCCGAUGGACAACCUGCAAACAAGAUAUCAGCUAUCCAUGGAUUUUUUCACGCUGUUAAAGCAGUUAAGACAUUUUCUAUAGUUGUUGCUGUGUUGGCGUUCUGUGUACUGACUCCAACUGUGCUUGGGACGGUGAUACACUAUUCUAAUUGUAGUGCGUCAUGCCACCAGAUGUGGUACGUAGUUUGUAACUAUCAACUUUAUGGAAUAAACUCGAUCGUGAAUGCUUUCAUCUAUGGAAUGAGACAUGUCAAAUACAGAAAAGCGUAUCGAUAUAUUCUACUUAAAAUACUUCGCUGUAAUCAGCCUGGCAACUAG